CCUUGUAAAGCCAACACCAAGACAGUGAACCUUUGGAGUUUGAUAUGAUGCGAUCACACGCACACGCACGUAUAGCCACAGAUGUACACCCAGAAGGUUCAGAAUGACGCAGGUCUGAGUGGAGGGAGGUGAUCUCGAAAAUUGCUCAGUGAGCUCAGCUAAUUUUGUUGAUUUGUCAAGCUGUCAAUCAAAACCAAUGGAAACCAAUCAGAAGGCAGGAGGGGAAGAACUAGCGGGGGCGCAGAAGGAGGCCGGCCUAAGGGCUCUGGUGCAGAGGACGGGGUACCGCCUUCAGCAGGAGAAUGGGCAGCGGCGCUACGGCGGGCCCCCGCCUGGUUGGGACGGACCCCCGCCGGAAAGAGGAAGCGAAAUCUUCGUGGGGAAACUCCCGAGAGAUCUCUUCGAGGAUGAGCUGGUGCCGCUCUGCGAGAAGUUGGGUACCAUCUUCGAGGUGAGGAUGAUGAUGGACUUCAACGGCAACAACCGCGGUUACGCCUUUGUCACCUUCGCCAACAAGCAGGAAGCGCGCGCCGCCACCAAGCAGCUCAACAACUAUGAGAUCAGGAGCGGUCGCCUGCUGGGCGUGUGCCCCAGCGUAGACAAUUGCCGACUGUUCGUGGGCGGCAUCCCCAAGAGCAAGAAGCGCGACGAGAUCUUGGCCGAGAUGCGCAAGGUGACGGACGGAGCGGUGGACGUCAUCGUCUAUCCCAGCGCGGCGGACAAGAGCAAAAACAGAGGCUUCGCCUUCGUGGAGUACGACAGCCACCGCGCGGCGGCCAUGGCGCGACGCAAGCUGUUGCCAGGUCGCAUCCAGCUGUGGGGUCACGCCAUCGCCGUGGACUGGGCCGAGCCCGAGGUGGAGGUGGACGAGGACACCAUGGCCGCCGUCAAGAUCCUCUACGUCAGGAACCUCAUGCUGCACACCAGCGAGGAGAGCAUUCACAAGGAGUUCGACGCCAUCAAAGCCGGCGCGGUGGAGCGUGUCAAGAAGAUCCGAGACUACGCCUUCGUCCAUUUCGCCGAGCGCGCCGACGCCGUCGCCGCCAUGAAGGCCCUCGACGGGAAGGUUCUGGACGGGUCGGCGCUGGAAGUGACGCUGGCCAAGCCGGUGGACAAGGACAAUUACGUGCGCUACACCAGAGGCACGGGGGGACGAGGAGGCCGGGGAGGACGGGCCGCUUCGUCGCUGCAAGACGACUACGCCGCCCUCGCCUUGGGACAGGUGUACGACCCCACCGUGGCCUACCUCGGGGCACCGGUCUUCUAUGCCCCGCACGCGUACACCGCCGCCCCGCCCCACUUCCGCUUCCCGCCCGCCAAAGGUCAGGUGGCGGGUCGCGGCUUGAUCCGGACGCCGUCGGUUCGAGAAGUUUACAUGAGUGUGCCUGUAGGGGCGGCGGGGGUGCGAGGGCUGGGCGGGCGGGGCUAUCUUAGCUACGCCGCGGGAGGCGGCGCGUGCCGCCAGGGCGGCGCCCCCAAGAGGGGCGACGACAAGCUGUACGACCUCCUGCCCGGCAUGGAGUUGACGCCCAUGACGCCGGCCGCCGUCGGCCCCAAGGCCGCCGCCCUCAAGCCGGCGCCUCAGGUUCUAGAAGAGUUGUGCGAGAAGAACAGCUGGGGGGCGCCGGUGUACCAGCUGCACUCGGCCAUCGGACCGGACCAGCGCCAACUCUUCUUGUACAAGGUCACCAUCCCCGCGCUGGCCACGCAGAACCCCAACGUGCUACCGUUCACUCCGAGUAAGCUGAGCGCCGGCGUGGAGGAAGCCAAAGCGCACGCGGCCGAGCACACGCUGCAAACACUCGGGGUGGCCGGCGAGGGGGCCCCCGACGCCGCCCUGGCCGCGGUGGCCUUUCCAGGGUACGCGUUGGCCGGGCCGGCACCGGGGGGCGUGGCCUCCGCGCUGAAGCCGGCCGUCUCUUUGAGCCAGGACGGGGUGGUGGCCGCCGCGGCGUACGCCGCCUACGAGGCCUACCCCGCCUUCGCCGUGGCCGCCAGACACGGGGGCGACGCCUACGGUGUCUUUUGACGGGCUCUCUCCGCUUUUAUGGGCGAAGGCUGCGAUCAGGAAGUGCUCGGCUCGCUCUCUUCUGGUCCCGCCCGGCUCUCUUUCCGCGUUCCCGCCACGCGUUUACAAAAUUGUCUUUUCCGACUUUGAUUUUGCGAAGAAGCCGAUUGGCUCGUGGUUCGUCUUCAGCCUGACAGUAUUAAAGCUUUAUUUUGAUAGCGCAGCACCUUCUUUUGAUCAUUGUCUCGACCGCUAACGACUAACUAGCGACCGGUACCCGGCGGAGGGCGCAGGGUCGCCGACAGUCUCCGGAUUGCGCGGGAUAUACUGGAAUAUAUCAAUUCCGACAGCGAUACCGAUCAGAACUAAACCCUAUAUUCUGGGCGGUCCCGCGCAAUCCCGGACCGUCGGCAGCCCUAGGUGGGCAGCGGCCGGCACAUGACGAGUAACGCAAACUAGCGACGGAUGACGGCUCGUUCGGAGCGGGCGACGGCACUUUUGACAGUCGACAGACGGGCGUGCAAAUGACCACUGGACAUUUAUUUUUGCCAACGAUAAAGAUGACGGACGGUCGGAGGCAUUUUUCAGAAGCUUAGUCAGCUUUGCCGAUUCCCAGCCGUUUUUCCGCCUCCUGUCGCAGUUCCUGUUUCUGCACCUGAAACGGGAAGGAAGCGGCCUUUCAGGUCAACCGCCCGAGCGAGCCCGCUUCCUACGACGGCUCGGUCUUACCUUUCCGGUGACGGUGAGCGGAAAGCCGCUGACGAACACGACGUAGCGAGGAAUCUUGAAGUGAGAAAUCUGCGUGCGAAUAAAGGAACGUGACGUCACACGGCCGAUACGCGACACGAGCUCUAACCUGCGCUACGUCGUUCGGCGGUACGCCUAAUAGCGCCGCCUCGGAAAUGAGGACCGUCGCAACGAUACGCCACUAAAAUGACAUCGUCGGUAUCGGCGAGUAGCGAGUGCCGACGCUACGCAAUAUGUACUUUUUGAGAUCUACGGUGCUGGCCAAAAGUAUUGGCA